AUGUCGGUCGCCGAGGAAAAAUUGAGAAACGGCGUCGCAGUGAUAACUGGUGCUGGAGCGGGAAUCGGCGCGGGUCUUGCCCGUCGUGCCGGAGAGUUGGGUAUGACAGUCGUCGUGACUGACAUCUCCCUCGAGCGGGCGCAGCAGACAGCCCGAGAAAUCGUUCAGGCCGGAGGAAAGGCAGAAGCAAUAAUGGUCGAUGUUUCCAAGCCCGAGAAUCUAGAUAAGUUGGCGGAGACAGUGUUCGAAACAUACAGCAAUGUCCGUCUCCUCAUCAACAAUGCUGGCAUCGAGACGCUGGGUUUUACUUGGGAGAUCUCCCUUGCGCGUUGGGAAGAUGCACUCAACGUCAAUUUGCACGGAGUAGUCCACAGUGUGCGAGCCUUUCUACCACGAAUGCUUGCUACGGGGGAAACGUGCUGGGUCGCAAAUCUGGCCUCAGUGGGGGCGUUUGGAGUGAUGCCCACGCAAGCGGCUUAUAUAUUGACAAAGCACGCCGUGCAGUCGUUCAGCGAAUGCCUCUACCUGGAGAUGCAGCUCAAGAAAGCCCCGAUUCAUGUAUGCUCCGUCCUCCCGGGCAUGCUGAAGACACAUAUCUUCGAUGAGAAAGGUGGCCAGGGCGAGCCUUCAGGAGCGGCAGGGUAUCGCCGCGCGAUGCGCGAGAUGAUGGAGAGCUACGGAAUGGAUCUGGAGGAUGGGUGUCGGCUUAUCAUGCAGCAAAUUUCCGAAGGCAAGUUCUGGGUGGAAACACAGCCCUCAAUGACAGAGGAAAUUGCGAAUCGGAGAAUUGACUUUAUUCAACGACGGUUGGCUCCAGAGUUGCCAGAUAGCGCACGUGCGUUGCUACAGUAG